GUCCCACAGGCCUGGCAAAGCGUAGACGAGCGACGUAAAACGCGGACAGUGACAUACACUCUGACCCUUCCUCCAUCCAACAUGGCGCCCAAAGUGAGCAGUGUAACAGAGAGACAGGUGUUACUGCCACAGAGUCAACCGGGCAGUCUGUACAUGGUGGAGGCUGAGGUGACAAACGGGGGCAUUCCCUAUGGAGACUCUUUCUACGUAGCCAACCACUACUGCCUGACGAAGGAGGCUGACGGAGGCACGAAAGUGAUCAUGUGGUCGAACGUCAAAUAUAAGAAGAAUGUCUGGGGCUUUAUGAAAGGAUUGAUCGAGAAGAACACAUACAGCGGCGUAGAGGCGAUGAUGACCGAAAUUGUGAACCAUUUAGAAGCUGAAGUCGAGAAGCUAAAUAACCCGAGCGGCCUGAGACGACGCAGGGCCACCAACCCAUACCAGCGAGCCAGAAGCCAAAAGCGAAACGAGAAGAUCACGCACAGACAGGCAGCUAAGACAGGUCUCUGCAGAAAAAAAAGAGUACCGACGAUACUUGUAGGCGUUAAGAUCGUCCUAUAUUUGUGA